AUGAUUAAAAUCGAAAUUAAUUUAUUUAUUAAUAUUCUAAAUGAGGUACAUCAUAAAAGGUAGAAGUUUCUUCUUAAUUCAAAUUUAGGUGGUGUUUGGAAGAAUAGUGAGGAUGAAAUUCUUAAGGCAGCUGUCAUGAAGUAUGGCCUCAAUCAAUGGUCACGUAUUUCAUCACUGCUUGUUCGAAAAUCAGCUAAAUAAUGCAAGCAGCGUUGGUAUGAAUGGCUCGACCCAUCAAUCAAGAAGACUGAGUGGACUAGAGAGGAAUAGGAGAAGGUCCUACAUCUUGCCAAGAUAUUCCCAAGUCAAUGGAGGACCAUUGCACCUAUAGUUGAUCGUACUCCCAUGCAAUGUGUGGAGUAAUAUGAAAAACUACUGGAUCUAGCCCAAGGCAAGGAUCUGAAUGAUCCAAACGAUCCCAGAAGACUGAGACCAGGAGAAAUUGAUCCAAAUCCUGAAACCAAAGCUGCCAGGCCAGAUCCUAUUGACAUGGACGAGGAUGAGAAGGAAAUGUUGGCAGAAGCUAGAGUCAGACUUGCUAACACCAAAGGUAAGAAGGCCAAGAGAAAGGCAAGAGGAAAGUUGAUUGAAGAAGCCAGAAGACUUGCUUUGUUAUAAAAGAAAAGAGAGUUAAAGGCUGCAGGCAUUCAAUAUAUUAAUCACAGAAUUGAGAAACAUCAUAUCAAAUUACAAGAUCGUAAAUACAAGGGUAUCAAUUACAAUAGAGAAUUGGCCUUUGAAAGAACAGUUCCUGAUUUUGUUCAUGAAACUACAGGAGAAGAACCUGAACCUGAUAAAAAGAUUUCAAAUGUUAGUCUGUAAGCAUUGGAGGGUUAGAGAAGAGAUGAAGAAGAAGAAAUAAGAAGGAAGAUAGAUUAAAGAAGAAUUAAGAAAUUGAAGGAGAGAGAAUUGGAUCAAGCUGUUUCCUUUUAGAAUAAAUACCAAGUUAAAUUCACACCUUAAACCAAAUUAUAAUUGCCAUAACCCUAAUUGAAGGAUUAAGAUCUAGAAUUAUUGGGUAAGAUUAAUGCAGUCAAUGAAAUAUCUGAACACACAACCUCUGCUACUAGAGCUCUUGUAGGCAACUACUCAACAAGAGAUUAGAGUUAAUCUAAUAUGAGAACUCCAAGAGCACCUAAUACUGUGUUGAGAGAGGCACAAAAUAUUAUUGCUUUAUAACAUACUGAAACUCCUUUGGUUGGGGGAAUGAAUAACCCUAUUGAUAUUGUCAGGAAUAUUGGAAAUUAAACACCUAAUCAGCUAGCAACUAUGUUGAAAGAGACUCCAAGGAGGCAAGUUGACUCAUCUAAUGAUGCAUUCGGCAUUAACAUUGAAGAAUACGAGAGGACAUGGGAAGAACCAAGUUAAAGUGUUGCAUAUGUCAAUGCUGAAUAAGAGAGGCAAUAAUAAUUAAAGAAUGAAUAGAAGUUAAAAGAAAUGAUUAAGCAGAAGUUAAAAUCAUUACCUAAACCCAAGAAUGAAUUUACUAUUGAAAUUCCUUAAAUGGACAAUGAAGAGCAGAAAGAAAUGGAAUUGGAAAUGGAUGCUGAGGACAAACUCAAAAUAUUAAAGCAAAAAAAAUUAGCACAUCAAAAGAAUCUACCUACACCUAAAGAAUUACCAUCUGGAUAGAUAUAUGAAUAAACAGAAAAUUAAUUUAGAAAUGAAAUAGAAGAGCUUCUUAAUUAUACUGUGAUUUAAUUGAUCAAAGAGGAUAUUUAUGAUAAUUCAAAUGGAUUGGGAGAUAUUUCUGUAGCUAAGGAGUUAUUGUAGGAAGAAAGGGUCUCAUUGAUUGGAGAUUAAAACUUAAAUGAACUUGACAUGAUUUGGAAUAAAGUGAGAUAAUAAUUGUAUUUUGAUUAUGAGGAAAAUAAGUUUGUCAAUAUUGAGAAAAUAGAUGAAGAGGUGAGAAUGGCCAUUUUCACUGAAUACUUUAGAAGAACAAGAGUGCAGUAUGAAAAGCUUAAUAAAAAAUAAUAAUUCUUUGCAAAUAGAAUUGCUAAAUUGAUGAAAGGGUAUGAGAUGAGAAAUGUUUAAUUGGAAAAGGAAAUAUCACUAUUGAAUGAUAAAAUAAGCGAAAUUGAAAUGAACAAAGAAGUAUAUUCAUAAGCAUUACAUCAUGAGAGACACAUAUACAGAGAUAGAGUUCAGGAAUUAGUUAAAUAUCAUGACAUGCUUUAAGUGAAGAGUAAUGAAUUGUAGGACAAAUAUUAAUAUUUGACUAAAUAACUUUAGGAAUUAGAUUAAGAUUAAGAAAUUUUAGCAUGA